CCUCAAGUAGCUGAGUUAGGCUAAAGGGACCAGGGUUGUCUCCCUAGACUCCGCUCUUUAGAGGAGGCAGCCGCCGCAGCCCCUGCAAGAGAAGUAACUUUAGAAGCAGUGUACAGCUGGGUGAGGGAGCUCAGAAGCCCCUCCUAGAUGCCAGACAGCCUCUGCAGCAGUAACUCUUUGUGUGCUGCGGUCUGCCGCAGUCUGUCUUGGAGGGACCGUGGCUUUUAUGAAUGGUAGCCUGGGAGUGGCCUAAUAUCUGGCUCCUGAUGUCAGCACAGUGAAUGAAACAGUUGCCGAGCGUAAAAGCCUUUCCACUUGGGAAGCAGACACCUUCUGAGAUUGGCUCUCCAGAUGCAGUUGUCUCUUGCUGACGACAUCACAGGUCCCAUGAGUCACAGAUAAACUGUAUACGUGAGGAUUUCAAUGAGCCAGAAAUCGAGGCUGCACGUGGACCAAUGCGCAUCUCUGACUCAGGCACCAGCUCCUUUCCCUGAAGCAGCUGCAGCCAGCCAGGAGACCCUUUUCCUUCCAGGCACCGGACAAAGGUGCUGGGGAGCUGCAGACCCAGCGCUGUGUGUCAGGCAUCCGCUUAGCUGGCUUCAUGUUCUGCUUUUGUUGGCAGAAUUCCUUGCUGAAGCUCCAAGCCCUCGAAUCUGAUCUGUGCUCUGCGUUUCUGACGAACCAGGAAGAAGAUGGCCAAGUGCACGGAGUUAAGGAUCCAGCCCCAGCUUCCACCCAGAGUGUGCCGGCUGACGCGCUCGUGGAUUCUGCAGCCCCCAUGCCAACUCAUAAAGAUGGGCAGAGUGACGCCGAUGGUACACCAGAGGAUCUCCAGUCUGCAGGCACCAGCAGGCUACUCUAUCAUAUCACCGAUGGUGAUAAUCCGUUGCUGUCACCACGAUGCUCCAUCUUUAGCCAAAGUCAGAGGUUCAACUUGGACCCCGAGUCGGCGCCAUCUCCACCCAGCAGCCAGCAGUUUAUGAUGCCACGAAGCUCUUCUCGAUGUAGUGGUGGCGAUGGCAAGGAGCCCCAGACCAUCACACAGCUCACCAAGCACAUCCAGAGCCUCAAGAGGAAGAUUCGGAAGUUUGAAGAAAAAUUUGAACAAGAAAAGAAAUAUCGGAGGUUCUGAAAUGGAUGAAUGAUUUGGCUAAAGGACGCAAACAGCUCAAAGAACUAAAGCUGAAGCUUUCAGAAGAACAAGGGAGUACUCCCAAAGGCCCCCGGAGAAACCUCUCCUGUGAACAGCCUCCAGUGCCCAGAGAAAAUGGCAAGUUGGAAGCUGUGGGUCCAGAGCCAAGCUCCUCUGGAGAAGAGACUUCAGAUGCUGUGAUGAUGGAGAAGAGAGACCAGAUUGCUCCCCAGGAUGAUGUGAAGGUAACUAAACAAGACAAGAACCUCAUAAAGCCUCUUUAUGACCGAUGCAGAAUUAUCAAGCAAAUCCUGUCAACACCGUCCCUGAUUCCAACAAUUGAGGAAGAGGACUCUGAUGAAGACUGUCCACAGAGAAGCCAGCCACCUUCUUUACCAGAUCCAGUGUCCCGCCUUCCUGUUGGUGAUCACCUCACCUACUCUGAGACAGAGCCUAUGAGGACCCUGCUACCAGAUGAGAAGAAAGAAGGGAAGCAACCAGCUCUCUCCAUGUCCAACUUACACGAGGCCACCAUGCCAGUCCUUCUUGACCAUCUCCGAGAAACUAGGGCUGACAAGAAGAGGCUACGGAAAGCCCUGCGAGAAUUUGAAGAACAAUUUUUUAAACAAACAGGAAGAAGUCCACAGAAGGAAGACAGGAUGCCAAUGGCAGAUGAAUACUAUGAAUACAAGCACAUAAAAGCCAAACUGAGACUACUGGAGGUCCUCAUCAGCAAGCAGGAUGUGGCCAAAACUAUUUGAGAUUUGGCUCUGAUCACUUCCACCCAAGAUAAAGUCAAGUUUAUUUUCCUCUACUGUUCUUGCUAAGUAGUUUUAAUGUACCGGAAACUAAGCACUUUAGAGAUAGUAGUAGCUGUUUUUACAAAGGAAGAGCUAGUGUAAUUAUACUCAAGGAGGGGAUUUAAGUAGGGAAAUAAUAGGUAAUAUUGGGUCUGGCAAAAACAUUCAGCUUGCUCCACACCAAACUGAAAAUCCACAGUAAAAUGUAAUAGUUUUAAAAGAAAAAUCUAUCUUGUCAAACCUAACACAUAGGCAGACUACCUGCUAGGGAAGGUUCAUUAGUGCCCAAAGAUGGACUUCAUUGAUGUCUGGCAAAGAGCAGGGUUUAAAUUAAUUGAGACAAGAAAGACUUCUGCUCUUCAUCCAGGGAGGAAAACAGCUGGUAAGAAGGUAAUUUAAGCAAGACCACGUCCACUACCUUGUCCUAUAAGUCUGUAGGCAUUCUAAACACUCUAAAAUACACUCGACUGUGUCACUAGUUUCUUAUUUCUACAUGAAAAUAGUGCAUUAUUUUAUGUGUUAUUUGAAAAUUUACAUUUCUGGUUACCAAAGUUCAUUUGGAUGGCAUGUACUUUGUGAAUUAUCUUUGUCUAUAACUGACAAAUGUUUAUAUUAAAAUAAAAUAUUAAAAAUUUAAAAUAGGUAUUUUGGAUAGGUGUGUCUGCAGUCUAGUAACCUAAUGUGACCAUAGUAUUAUUGCUAAUUUUCUUGUUUCCUACACUAAGAUUAUAUAACUAUUUUUCCAUUGGGAAUAUGCAUCUUUCUUAAUGUCCCAAGGUCUGUACUUCAUAAAGUGAAACAAAUUUCUUGUGAGUUGCAUUCAUUCUGCGCAGGGUAAAGAGCUUGGAAAUCACCAAGACACCUUUUAUUUGCUUUAUUUAGUGUAUCUUGCUUUUUCUCCAUUCAUUUAAAACAUAUUUAUCAGUUUUGUGUAAAAUCAAGUAACAGACACUUUCUCAUCUUCAACUUUGUUCAUAUUUCUGUUUUCUGUAAUUUUUAAGCAUGGUGUUAAGGAAAUCAUAUACUCAUAUUGCGUGGGCAGGAAAAAAAAUACUGAUUCCAGAAGCGGACUAAAUCAGAGGCAUAUUGUUUUCUCUGUAUUCACCUGAUGUUUUAAAUCUUAUAUGAAUCAGAGUAAUGGCCUUCAUAAAUUUGUUUAAUUGAAGUCAUCUACUGGUAACAGGACAGAUACACAACUAUUUAAGGUUUACAAAUUACAUCUUUGAUAAGGGAAAUGGUUUCAUGAGAUGUAUACAAUUGCUAUUAAAAUGUAACUAUAUUCUAUAUGAUUGUAAAUAUUUUAUACAACAUACAAAUAAAAUAUUUUUCUAUUAUAUUUAUUAUGUUGAAGCACAGUAACUGUUUUCUGUUAGCUAAUAUAAAUAACAUAAAUAACACUGUCAAACAACAAGGUGGAAGUGCUGACAAUUCUAGGCUUUAAGAUUUAACUCAUGCUGCAAUUACAACCUUUCAUGCGGUUUGGAGUUAACCCAAUAUUUAUUCAGUAGAUUAAAAUGGAUGCAUAUUUAAACACCAUUUAUAAGCCAUUAUUUUGUACUUUGCUAAAGCGGUCUAUAUAACUGUCUUGUUAUGUUUGGCAUACAGGAAACAUAAAAGCAUUGCAGCAUCUAGGCAAACAAAGUGUCAGGACAACUUGGGGACA